UAGGGCCCUCCCCCCAACUUAUGAUUUAUAGCCAAUAGGUGAUGAGGUUUAUUUGCAUAUUUCCAGUCACAAAAGCAGCCGUGGAGUGGAAACAGUGUCAGACUCAAUUCCUCCUCUCUUCUCCACCUCCUGGAGGAUAUCUGCCACUUCUAGCUGCCCUCCUCCCUUUAAAGGGCGACCUGCCCAGCUCGCGACCGCGCUCCAGCCUCUCCCGCCUACAGAUCAGCCUCACCAGCCGUGCAGUUACUACAGAGGGACGCGCCCUGAGAUGGACAGCAGAGCCCUGCUCCUGGUGGUCCUGGGCGUGUGGCUCCAGAGUCUGACCGCCUCCCGCGGAGGGGUGGCCGCCGCCGGACGAAAGGAUUUUAUGGACAUUGAAAGUAAAUUUGCCCUCAGGACCCCUGAAGACACAGUUGAGGACACUUGUCUCCUCAUUCCUGGAAUAGCAGAAUCUGUGGCUAACUGCCACUUCAACCACAGCAGCAAGACCUUUGUGGUGAUCCAUGGCUGGACGGUGACAGGAAUGUAUGAGAGUUGGGUGCCAAAACUUGUGGCCGCCCUGUACAAGAGGGAACCAGACUCCAAUGUCAUUGUGGUGGACUGGCUUUUGCGGGCCCAGCAACAUUACCCAGUGUCCGCAGGCUACACCAAGCUGGUGGGAAAGGACGUGGCCAGGUUUAUCAACUGGAUGGAGGUAAGGCCAGGAGAGGAGCUUAGGUGUCUAAAAUAGAGCUUUUGGCCAGAACUGGAUAAGUGUUUGGCCUUAUUUCCUUUUCACUUUGCUACAGAUAUUUUCUGGGACAAUUUAGUUUUCAGAGUGCGUGUGGGCAUUAUUUUUUUGCCAAAAGCAGAUUUUACGAUAAGAAUGAUGACUAUAAAGUCAAUAAAUAGUUCUGCCCUCCCCUGUCCUUUGAAAUUUUCAGUGAAUAAAUCUGUUGAGGCCAAGAACUAAGUGGGCAGACCAAACAAAAGCCUGUUAUGUUAUUUUAGGACAA